GGCGGGUCAAAGUUGAAUUCGUUUGGUCUUUUGUGCUAAGCAGAAGAGUGGAGUCGGAUCAAACAGUGGUGCCACUUCCCUCUUCCCCGAAUCCUUUUAAAACUCCCUCCCGAACCUCUCCCCUUCUACCCUACCCACCCCCUGAACAUACUUCCAGGGACGGAGCCGACUUUCAUCCAGUGACCAAAGACUGUUCAGUGGCCUGGCGUCAGCUGCAGUGAUGGAUUCAAGUCUUGUUGAAGGAGGACUUAAUGUCACUUUAACCAUUAGGUUACUCAUGCAUGGCAAGGAGGUUGGAAGCAUCAUUGGGAAGAAAGGCGAAUCUGUUAAGAAGAUGAGAGAGGAGAGUGGUGCUCGUAUCAACAUCUCUGAGGGGAACUGUCCAGAGAGGAUCAUAACCCUUGCAGGACCAACCACCUCCUUUUUAAAGCCUUUUCCAUGAUCAUUGAGAAAACUGGAGGAGGACAUCAGCACGUCAAUGACUAACAGUACGGCCACCAGCAAACCACCAGUCACCAUGCGCCUCGUUGUGCCUGCGAGCCAGUGUGGCUCACUCAUAGAGGGUGGCUGCAAGAUCAAGGAAAUCAGAGAGUCGGCCGGAGCUCAGGUACAAGUAGCAGGGGACAUGUUGCCUAACUCAACAGAGCGUGCCAUCACUGUUGCAGGGACCCCACAGUCCAUUAUCGAGUGUGAGCAGAUCUGUGUCGUCAUGCUUGAGUCUCCACCGAAGGGAGUGACCAUCCCAUACAGACCCAAACCCUCAGGCUCUCCUGUCAUCUUUGCAGGUGGUCAGGCCUACGCUGUCCAAGGGCAGCACGCCAUUCCACAGCCUGAUCUCACCAAACUUCACCAGCUGGCCAUGCAGCAGAGCCCCUUCCCAUCACACAGCAACCAGGGCUUCCAGGCUGGGAUGGAUGCCUCUGCACAAACUGGCUCUCAUGAGCUGACCAUUCCAAACGAUCUCAUUGGCUGCAUCAUUGGCCGUCAGGGUGCAAAGAUCAAUGAGAUCCGUCAGAUGUCAGGGGCUCAGAUCAAGAUUGCCAAUCCUGUGGAGGGUUCAACUGACAGACAGGUCACCAUCACUGGUUCUCAUGCCAGCAUCAGCCUGGCUGAGUACUGAUCAAUGCCAGGCUGUCGUCUGAAGCUACUGGUCUUGCAGCCAACUGACGAGGAGACCCUAUCAGCGCCUAAUAUAUCCCCCACACCCAUACAUACUUUUUACCAAGAGGUUCCUUAUUGAAUUUAAUGCAAAAACCAAGUACUAUAAACUCACUGUUUUCUCCUCUGCUUUGGUUAGAUGCCUACUUAAUUGUAAUUAUCAUCACCACGUUGGUAUUUUAUUUAUUUAUUUGUUUAAAUUCUCUUUGCAUAUAGUUUUUACAGAUUUCCUUCUGUUGUAUUUUCCUCUUAUUUUACUGUAUAUCUGUAUGAAUUUCUUGAUUGUAGGUCAAACAUUGCAGAAAAAUCUGAAGCGGCAUAAUGAUUUUUAUCAGAUUUUUCUUAAAAAAUGUAAAAAAUAAAGAAAAAAAAUGAUAAUAGGUGGACUGUUCUUUCCCUUCCAAUUAAAUAUCUAUUUAUUUUUAUUUAAUACUAUACAACACCUUGUAAAAUAUAAUACAUUGACGUUUGCCAUCUUGCAUCUGAAGUUGUAUUUCCUUAACCAAGCAUUGUGGGUUUAGGUGGGUGUGCUUGAUCUGCAGAGAAUUCAUUUUAUUCUGAGGGUAAUUUAUCUCUGAAGUGGGGCAGCUUGUUAAGGAGACAUUUAGGCUAAAUACGUUUUGCCUCUAAUUUGCUGAUUAAUUGUUUGUGGCAUUCCUCUGUUUCCAUCUCUCUUUUUUUUCUCUCUCUCUCUCUCUCUUGAUCAGGACUUUUGAGACUUGUGUAUUGGAUUCUGUUUGGGUGGGUAGGGCUGUGGUCACCAGGAGAGAGACUAAAUCAGAGGAAGAUACUUGUUUUGUUUUUUUCUCUGAAAUGACUUAUGACCAUAGAAAUGAUGAUGAUAACAUUGAAAUGUUUGUUUUAAAUAGAGAAAAUUAUUUUUUUUAGCUGGAAAACGCUGCAAAGGGCAAAACUCAAAGACUGAGAUUGGUCUUUGAGUAUAUUAUGUGGUAUUAAGAUGAACUAGAAGGAGAAUUAUUUAACACUAGUUUCCUGCUCUCCUUUUUGCCUGGGUCAGAUUUAAUUUUUUAUUCUUUGCAGGAUGAAGAACUUCACGUUUUUGUGCACGUUUUCAAACUAUUGUAGAUCUGGGUGCAUUUACAUUGUUAAAGAUUGAAAUGCAGAAAUAAAAAAAAGAUAAAUGCUGA